AUGAGCACCGGCGGCCUUCUCAGUAUCGAACCUCAAGAUCUGCAGUUCCCAUUUGAAUUGAAGAAGCAGAUCUCCAGUUCGCUGCAGCUAUCGAACAAGACCGACAGCUAUGUCGCUUUCAAGGUCAAGACAACGAAUCCCAAGAAGUACUGUGUGAGGCCUAAUACUGGGAUUGUGCCGCCUCGGUCUGCUUGUGAUGUUAUAGUUACAAUGCAAGCACAAAGGGAGAUGCCUCUUGAAUUGCAGUGCAAGGACAAGUUCCUAUUACAGAGUGUUGUGGCAAGUCCUGGGGCUACAGCAAAGGAUGUAUCUGCAGAGAUGUUCAAUAAGGAGGCAGGGCAUCUUGUGGAAGAGAGCAAGUUGAGGGUUGUCUAUGUUGCUCCUCCGGGACCACCAUCCCCAGUUCAUGAAGGGUCCGAGGAAGGUGAAGAGCCUAGGGUGUCUCUGUCUGACAGCGGAAGUGUGCAAAUGCCCGAGCAAUCAAUGGUUUCUAGAACCGAGUUUGCUCAGAGACUUGAGCCUCGGGAUAACUCCUCAGAGGGAAAUGCUCGUAUCUCCAAGCUAACCAAUGAGAAAGAUUCUCUUACCAAGGAAAAUAGGCAGCUAAUGAGAGAACUGGAGCUACUGAGGCAACAAACUAGCAGAAAUCGUGGAGGCAUCCCAGUUACAUAUGUGAUUCUUGUAGCCCUUGUAGGCCUAAUUUUAGGGUAUGUUUUGAAAAGGGCAUGA